AUGCCUGCGUUUCAAGACCACUCCUCCACCAAGAGCCUUGGCCAUGUGAACCUCAUGGUCGACACCCUCAUCGCCAACGUGGACGAGACCGACUUGCGAGCCAUGGUCCGCGGCCUGCUCUCUGCCUCCACCCCCGCGAUCGCCUCCACCUUCACCGACGUCGCCCGUGAGCGCCUCCGCCGCGCCGCCGCGACCGCGCUCCCCCCGCCCCGCACGCUCUUCGCCCAGGUCCCGGAAACCGCGGGCCAGGACACGGGCGUAGAGACGUGGGCCGCGACCCCCGCCCUCCGCCCCGUCCUCCGCCGCACGCGCGCGGCGUACGGCGCGGGGAUCGCGCUCGACGCGCUCGGCGUGCUCGCCGCCGUCGUCGCCGACGCGACGCCCUCGCGGUGGGCCCCGGACAGCGCGCUCGAGGCGCUCCUCGCCGAGAUCGACGCCGACAUCUCCCAGGCGGUCGAGAGCGCGAAGCAGGAGUGCGACGCGGGGCGGGUCGACGACCCAGAGGCCCCUCAGGCGACGCGAGCCGCACUCCUAGCCGCGCUCCAGGCCGCCGAGGCCGCCGCCGCAGGCUGGGGCGGCGACUUUCCGUUCGAGCGGGGGCUGGCGAGCGUGCAGGAAUGGAAACCGGCGAUGAACACGGGGCGCUAG